AUGAGCAUUAGCUCAAUGGGAUAUGUUGCAUUAAUGUUUACACUUUACAAAUUUCGGUUCGACAGUUGUAGAAAACGGAAACAAUCUGAUUUCGUAACGCUUCCACAUACUGCACAAAACGGUUCGAUGUGA